GCCAAGGUGCAUGAAAACGUACACCGUUUCUUCGACAACACUUGAUCGGUGUAGACCAGACGUGUGAAAAUUAUUAUGAUUCUGUCGCGGGCAAAUCUGCUAGGAGUUAGGACACGCAUAUGACAGAAGCACGAACUAAACAGCUCAUACAGGCUAUUUUGUGUAUUAUUCAUUCAUUCAUGGGAUUUUGUUAUGCGACGAGCACUGCUGUUUGUAAAUGUCCUUUUGUGUAAUGAUUUUAAGAAAUCGCUGUCAGGUAUUGUCUGGUCAGGUCGGCAUGCAAAUAUUUGAAAAUGUUGCGGCGCAAACACUGAACGGAAGCUAGUCGUUGCUGUUUCUCCGUUUAUAUUAAGAAAAGUCAAAUUACUUAGAAUGAUACAAUGUCAAAUUCUGCUGUAUAUUUAAGUUGCAUAUCAAUAAAAACGUACGAUGUAGUUCUUACGGAAUUUCCGAGCAAUUUGUUUUUAUGAGGAAUGCAAAAACACAAUUUGCCAAAGCACUGUCGUAGUGGGUUUUUAAAAAAUAUCAAGCCUAUCCAGAUGUAAACAGCUGGUUUGUCUCAAAAUUUAAAAAAAAAAAAUAUUAUGGCUAUUUUGAUCGAUAGAGGUCGCCAGUUACUCUGCCAACUAAGGCUCUUCAGAGAGUCACUUCAUUGGUUGGUCCUUUCUGGUCCAUCAUGUUGAGACAUUUGGGACGAGAAAAAAUAAGAAUGUCCGAGAAGACAAAAAAGUCUAGUUUAAAAGUAUGUGCAACAUCAUUUAAAUAUACAUUCAGUAAUAGUUUUUUGCUGUAUUUUAAAUGUGCUUUUAAUUAAUUAAAAAAAAAAUCCAAAACAAACUGAAAGCAUUUUCAUAAAACGUAGUUCUUUAAUAUAAUUUUUACAGUUUGUUUUUGAAUAACAUUAUAGUUAGAAAAUGUAUGUUUUUAGAAAAAGUUAACUGAAUAAACUCUGAAUAAUAUAGGUAAAUGCUAGUAUUAUUUAUCCCAGUGUAGUAUAGGUUAUUGAAGUUGUGCAUAAGAAUUUAUUUGGUUGACAUUUGUUUUCUAUGCAUGUAUGUACGUUCUGUGUAACAGGUUGAGAUGGAUGUGUCUGGCCAUAGUUUGUUCCUCCUCCAGCAGCUGAACGUCCAAAGGGAGUUUGGCUUUCUUUGUGACUGCACUGUUGCUAUUGGCAACGUGUACUUCAAGGCUCAUCGUGCAGUCCUUGCGGCCUUCUCAAACUACUUCAAAAUGAUCUUCAUCCACCAGUCCAGUGAGUGCAUCAAGAUCCAGCCCACAGAUAUUCAACCAGAUGUCUUCAGCUACCUGUUACACAUCAUGUACACAGGCAUGGGUCCCAAACAACCUGUGGACCAGGGCAGACUUCAAGAAGGUAUCAAGUUCCUCCACGCAUACCAGCUCUGCCGCAAAACAGGCGAGGGUGGUCCGGAUGCAUCUUCUGAGCCCAUCCGUAUGUCCAAUCUCUAUGGCAUCCAGAUCUCUUCACAGCUGGCCAGUAAAGAGAACUCGGGCCUGAAGGCUGGCGGUUCGCGAGACCCUGAGGACGGCCGCUCCAGCGCUAGGGCCGAUCGCACACAUGGCCGUUUAGCUCUUGCUGUAGGGCUGGAGGGCAUUACGUCUGAGCGACAGCCUCAAAGCUUCCGCGCCGCAUCCUCGGUGGCCUCGGGGGACGACUCUGACAUUUCAGCACGGAUCAAGCAGGAAAGGGUAGAGGAGGAGGAACAACAGGAAGGCGACAAAGAGCCUUGCUCUCUCUCCCCAGCCCAGGUGAGCCCCUGUCAGGCUGGUCUGUUCAAAGAUGGCCCUCUAGCGCUUUUAUGCCCCCGGUGCGGUGAACGCUGUCUGUCACCUGAAGGCCUGCAGGAGCACCUAUUUACCCAUGCAGCCUGUGCCCUCGAGCCUAGCGGUCUGAUGGAAGGCCCUUCAGAGGACAAAACCGGGGAGCACAAGUCCCUAGAGGAGAGGCGGCAUCAUAAGGAGCGCAUAGACUCUGGUAGUCUGGAAGAGGCCUUACGGCAGAGUCAGGCCCUGGCAGAUGAGCUGGCCGUGGAACUCAGGCGAGGUGGUGGGACCGGACGGAGCGGUAGCCCGCUGGCAUCCUUCACGCGAAAACGAAAGAUGGCCUGUGCCGUCUGCAACCUUCGCUUCUCGCAAAAGAGCCAGCUGCAGGAGCACAUGUUCGCCCAUGUGGGCAAGCCGCUGCGAUACCAUCGCUACAGCCGCUUCUGUGGGCAGCUGCUUCAUGGCUGCGAAGGCCAGCCAGACAUCACUGCAGCCACGGGAGAGGAGGCAGCCAAGGACACUCAGGAUAACGGCAGCUCCUGCUACUCACUGGACUCUGAGGUCUCUCAGGAGAGCGUGGACGCAGUGACUGUGGAAUGACGUAGUGUUUGACAUUCAUGCAAACACGUAAUGUCUGUUAAAUGAAAAUUAUGGAUUAUGUAGAAGUUAAGCUCUGUCGACAACAUUUGUGGUAUAAUGUUGAUAACAUUCAAAAUUGCUUCCCAACUGUCCCACAUUUUCUUAAAAAAAAAAAACUUGUUUACAGCGAGGCAUUUACAGUAGAAGUGAAUGGGGUCAAUCUGUAGAAAUUUAAAUAGCUGCUCUUUCAAUGAGACACAAGCAUUAUUUUAAUCAUUAAUUCAAUUAUUUUGUGUUAAUCAACUUUAUUCUUUAAAUAUUGUUGAGUGAGUUUUAUUAAACCCAUAAUUUUCCUUUACUCAAUUUAGUUUUCUGCCUCAGCACUUCUGUCCUGUCACAAAAGUCCUUGUCAGUGUUAAAACAUACAAGAAUUACGUUUAAAACUUAGUGUUGAUGAUUGUAGUGUUGUUGUUUAAUGAUGUUUCUGACUCUUGGAUGACUGAACACUGUUGGAUCAAUUAUAUAUUUGAAUGAAGUAUUAGAUUGACAAGCACAUGUGCAUGAAACUCAAAUAGCACCACGAAGUGCAACAUUUGACCACAAUCUAAAUAUUUUUUUCAGAGUCCAGGUUAAGCUAAUAUCUACUAUUUCUUGUUUAUUUUUGGGCUGUGGCCUAAUGAGUGAAACUGACUGAGCAUAGAGUCUAAAUGAUUUCUUCCCUAAAUCGAAUUUCCUACAAGAAACUGGUUCAGUGCCUUAGAACAUUUUUGCCAAACAUCUCUGUAAAAAAAAAAAGCACUUACGCUAUUGCUCAGCCAGUUGAACCAAAUCCAGCUGUUUUUCAUUUUUCAAGUGAACAGUGCCUAUUUCUGCAAAGUUGUCCAAGACAUCUACACAAUCAGAAUAUUGUAUCAAAUGAAUGUGUGCAACUGGUGCUUUUCUAAAAGCUUUUUGAUAUGUUGAAAGACUUUCACGAUUAUAUUGUGUACGGAACAGAGUAUAAUCCGAGUUUGCUAACAAUCUUACUGCAUAACCCGAGGCAUAACUACAACAGAUGGGACAAUGCCACUGUAAAUGUCUAAUAUAACACUUCUCGACAAAAACAGGAAUGGCACAUUCAGUCAUGUUUCGAAAUCAGACCGGUCAUCUUCAAAAGCUGAGACGUGACAAAAUGUUUUAUUUCGAAUGAUUUAUCGAUUUCAAGACAUCACUGAUGGUUGACAUGGUUUCUUUGUGCUGUAUUUGAACUGUCGAAGCACCACUUUUUGCAGUUAUAUUCAUUGAAUACUCAAAUUCGAGGCUGGUGUACUGUGAUGAGUAUUUUAAAACAGAAAAAACUUGCAUUUGUGUUAUCUGUGUGACUUGUGUAGUGCAUUUAAACAGUCCCUUUCGAUUUUAUUCAUCAUCAGCACUCGGUGCCAUUGUGUGAUAAUGUGUUUGGGUAUUUUUUUAAAUAAAUGGCACAUUGAAUAAA